ACGUCCGGGGCGGCGAUGGCGGCGGCGGCUGCUGGGAGCGGGGCGCCCCGAGAGGAGGAGGCUCCCGGAGGGGAGGCAGCAGCUACGCAGGCCCAAGCCCCGGCGAGCGCAUCCGGGGCUCGGCUCUCCAGGCUGCCUCUGGCCAGGGUCAAGGCUUUGGUGAAGGCGGACCCUGACGUCACGCUCGCGGGACAGGAAGCCAUCUUCAUCCUGGCGCGUGCCGCGGAACUGUUCGUGGAGACCAUUGCGAAAGAUGCCUACUGCUGUGCUCAGCAAGGGAAGAGGAAAACCCUCCAGAGGAGAGAUUUGGAUAAUGCAAUAGAAGCUGUGGAUGAAUUCGCUUUUCUAGAAGGGACUUUGGAUUGACUGCAGAGCUGGAUGAAAAGUUUUUGAGCCUUCACUGCAUCCUUCAUCUUUCCCUGUGCAAGCCUCGGCUUUGGAGAGAGUCUGCGUGUGUACAAAUCUCCUUGUUCUACUUCACCUAAGCUAUGAAUUCUCUGAUGCGUUCUCCACAAAGUCUUCCACUACUGGAGUCUGUCUUCCAGUUCAGGCUUGGAUGUAGCUGAUGCUACUUGGAGCAGAGGUGAAUGGACCGUUCCGCAUACGUGGCUCAGUGAUGGAGGGAGCCAGCGUAAAGGCCUUUGCUCAGCUUCAUUCCUGCUUUUCAGCCCUGCCUUUGCUCUUGCCCUGUGGCUGGAGAACCAUGCGGUCAGGCACUGGCUUUCCUCAUCUUCCUUCCAACCAUCCCGAGUCAGAGUCAAUCGUAACCAGUUUAAACUAAAGUGCAGUGUUUUUUUGGGGGGGAAUAUGACAUUUUCCUGUCAACAGAUUCACAUGAGUUUUGUGUAUGACGAGAUUUAGAUAAUGUUAUAUAAAUUUUAUCUAUGCUAUGAUAUGUAUUUGUACCCUGUCCUUUAAGUUGUGAAAUAUACAUAAUAUAAAGUUUCCCGUUUUAACCACU